AGUUGCUCACUAAUCGAAUUCACGUCUAACAUUAUAGCUAGUAGAAUGCAGUAGAAUUAUUCUAAAUGUACUUCCGUCAUUUUUUAUCAGCUACAUGUCGUAGAAAUAUAGAUAAGUAGUUGGACCAAUUGAUAUCAACAUAUUUAUUUUUAGAUCGUUAGUUGCAAAUAUGUGCUAAAACGUUGUAGUGAUAUAUAACAUCUUCUGCAGAAAACUUAAGAUUGUUGUACCCUAAUAAUAACAAAAUGUCGGGACCUACCCAAGUACAUGAAAACUUUGUUAGCGAGCCUAUGGGUUUGAAACCUGUAACAAAAUUAGCAGGAAUUGGAGAAACACUUGGUAAACGCUUGGUAGCCGCUGGAUUUGAGAAAGCUUACGCUGUAUUAGGACAGUUCCUAUUUCUGAAAAAGGAUGAAGAACAUUUUAGGGACUGGCUGAAAAGCACUUGUUUAGCUAAUUCCAAAGAUUCAUCGGCUUGUUGGGAAUGCCUCAAUGAGUGGUGUUCCAAAUUUUUAUUCGAUACUAAUAAUACAAAAAUUCCGAGGACUUCUGACAAACCCACCGACAAACAUGAAAACUUUGUUAUAGAGCCUUUGGGUGAAAAACUUGUAACAGAAUUACCAGGGAUUGGGAAAGUCCAUGGUAAACGCUUGGUAGAUGCCGGAUUUGACAAAGCUUAUGUUGUAUUAGGCAAAUUCCUACUUUUGAAAAAGGAUCGAGGCCUUUUUAGGAAAUGGUUGGAAGAAACUUGCUCAGUCAGUUCCAAAGGAUCAUUGGAUUGUUGGAAUUACCUCUAUAAUUAUUGUACAAAUUUUGUGUAAUUGUACAUGACAGACCGAAGUGUAUUGUUUGUAUUCCCAAUUAGUUUAAUUGUAUUCCCAAUUUUGUAUUCCCAAUAUCUUUUGUAUAGACUUUUAUUUUUGUAAUAUUAAUAUUUGUAAGUUCAAAUUUUAUAACUGUAUAUUGUAUAUUAUAAAGGGUGUCCCAAAAGUAGAGGAACGGUCGAAUAUUUCGCGAACUGUACAUGAAAUCGAAAAACUGAAAAAUACGUGUUCAAUAAUUUUCAAAAAUCUAUCGAAUGACACCAAACACGAUCCCCCACUCCAACCCCUGGAUGUGGGGAGGGAUAACAUUAAAACCUUAAAUGGAAACCCUCAGUUUUUAUUACAGAUUUGGAUUCCUUACGUAAAAGUAAGCAACUUUUAUUCAAGACAUUUUUUUGAAUUGUAGAUAGAUGGCGCUAUAAUCGGAAAAAACCAUUUAUCGUGAUAUAUAUAUAUAAUGGAUUUCUACGGCUGUCGCCGCCUCUCCAUACCCAGCUUCCAAUUUUUUCUAUCGUAACACGUAUCUUCAUCUAAUUGCCUCGAAUCCAUUGCGUCCUGAAUAUUGUCCCUCCAGCUUCUCCGUGGUCGUCCCUUUCUUCUUCUCUCCGGUGGGACCCACUCUAAUAUUUUUCUCGGCCAGCGAGUCUCAUUCAUUCUUUUAACGUGCCCGAACCAUGUCAGCUGUCUCUUUUCAAUAUCGUCCAUUAUAGUUUUUUCCACCUUCAUACGUUCUCUAAUUGUUUCAUUUCUUACAUGUUCUAAUCUGGAAACCUGACAACUUCUCCUCAAGAAGUCCAUUUCUGUACUAAGUAGCUUCUUUUUAUUUCUUGUACUUAUGUCCCAAACUUCUGCACCGUAGACUGUAGCGCUCGUCAUUAUACUUUCAUAUAUUCUUUUCUUUGUUUCCUUCCUGAUAUCUUUGUCCCAUAAAAUUGAAUUGAGGGAUCUAGUGAUGCUUCUACCUUUAUUGAUCCUGUGUUGUAUUUCAUCUUCACUAUUUCCUCGUUUGUUAACCAUACCAUAGGUAAAUUAUAGAAACGGUCUAAGAUCUCGAGAAAUACACUUCGAAAUGAAACCCAAAAGAACAAGUGUAGAAGAUUUUUCAAAAACUUAUCGAAUGAUACCAAACACGACCCCAGUCCACACCUUGGAAGUUGGAUGGGGGGUAACUCUAAAAUCUUAAACAGGAACCCCAGUUUUUUGUUGCUCUUUUGGAUUCCUCAUGAAAAACUAAUGCCUGAAUGCUAAGCUUUACUUAUAGAUAGGGCCUCCUUGAGUAUCAUUUACGUUGCACCAUAAUUUUAGAUUCUUACCUUAUUAUCAAUUAUAUCUACUAUUAUAUUAUGGUAUUCUUUUUCUAAUAUAUUAUAAUUAUAUUAUAUUAAUUCUUAUGAUAUUCUGGAAUUAAGCUUAAGAUCUGUUGGUGCAACCGGGCAUAAGUAACAUUUAUUCGAAACAUUUUUUAGAAUGAUUGAUAGAUGGCGCUAAUAAAUCGUAUUUUUCUAACAAUUCUAAAAUAUAUCUAAAAUAAAUGUAACUUGAUGAGGAAUCCAAAUCUCGAAUAAAAAAAUCAGGGUUACUAUUUAAGAUUUUAAAGUUACCCUCCAACCCACGUCCAGGGGCUGUAUUAUACAUUUUUGUAAUCAGCAUUUCAAAAGCUUUUAAAUGAGGUAUCACAUGAUGUACUUUCCCAUUUAAAAAAAUCAAAGUUAUGCCUGUCACCUGAAGAGGGAUCACGUAAAGUUCGAAACAUUGAUGCUAUAAUAUACUAUGAUCAUUUUAAAAAUCGACCUAUCCGAGCGUUUUGCUUAUGUGCUAAAAAUAAAUAAGUUAAUAAGGGGGGUAACACUUAUUCCAGCUCAAUUAAUGUAAUAAAAGCUAGACAUUUUGCAGCGUUUUGAAAACUUUUUUUCUACAUAUUUUUUUCCAAGAUGGCUAUUUUUAGAGAAAAUUAAGUGCUUUUGUGUUUGUUCUUACGUUUGUUGCGAAUCGAAAUUUUUUGUUGUAGUAUUUUUUACAUUAAGACAUUUUUUAAAUAUGUGCCUACAUUAUUUUGUUUAAUACAUGUAUUGAAAAUA